AUGCUCAUUAGUGAUAUUAAUAAAUUAACUUAUCGAGAAUUACAAAUUGAAUUAAAAUUUAGAAAUUUAAAAGCAGCAGGUAAAACUGAAGUACUUCGUGACCGACUUCGACAAGCAAUAAUAAAUAACAGUGAAGAUGAACCAAUGUCAGAUUAUUUUGAUGAAUGUUCGAUUUGCUUGGAGAGAUUAUCAUUUGAUAAAAGAACAACAAUUUUAACAACAUGUUUACAUCAAUACCAUCGGAUUUGUCUUAAAAAAUGGAUCGAAUCAAAUGGCGAAUUUUCACUUUGCUGUCCUCUUUGUCGAUGUUCAUUAGCUAAUGAUCGACAUAUUAAACAAGUUGGCGAUAAAAAGUUUAUUAGAUAG